AUGCCCCCAGUGUUGACCGCUUCAAAGACUAUCGGCUACUUGAUUCUGGCUCUCCUACUCGCCUCGCUCUACCUAUACUUUACCCCCCUGAAGACGACACCGACAAUGGCUGCUCCUCUCAAACACCUCAAGAUCGCUCCUAAAGAGGCGCACAAGGCUACUGUCAUCUUCCUGCAUGGUCUUGGAGAUAGUGGGCAAGGCUGGCUUCCCGUUGCCAAAAUGCUCUGGUCCUCAUUCCCCCAUGUCAAAUGGAUCCUUCCCCAUGCCCCUCCUAUCCCCAUUACUCUCAACCAGGGCAUGUCCAUGCCUGGCUGGUUUGACCUCUCGAACCUGUCGCGUCUCGACGAUCCUGCUUACGACGACGAGACGGGAAUGAACAAGUCGCUAGCGAGCGUGGAUGCGCUCAUACAGCAAGAGGUGGAUGCUGGAAUCCCAGAGGACAAGAUCAUCCUUGGUGGCUUUAGCCAAGGAGGUGUCAUUGCGAUGCUCGGGGGGUUGACGACAAAGAGAAAGCUUGGAGGGGUCGUGGGUUUGAGCUGCUGGUUGCCUUUGAGUGACAGGAUUGAGCAGGCGAGUAAAUCCAUCAUUCUCUGCACAGCUGUGUUCUGGGGACACGGGACAAAUGACCCGGUCGUCGACUAUUCUUACGGCCAGCGAUCUGUCGACCUGCUCACCCAGAAGCUCGGCUACAACCUUGUGCCCAAGGGCCAAACCUUUGCCCGUCCUGGUGUCCGCUUCGAGUCUUACCCCGGCAUGGCCCAUUCUUCGUCGCCCAAGGAGAUCGAAGACCUUAGAGAGUGGUUGGCCGAGGCUCUCAAGGAAUAG